AUGCUCAGUUCCCGCGCUCUUCUCCGCAAUCCAGUGGAGAAAGCGUUCAUCCCCAGACUUCGAGCCGGACGACAUCUUUCCACAAUCGCAGGACAGCGAAGAGUGAUACCAUUGAGAAAAAAUGUCUUUAACAACAAUGCCGCGGCCGUACGGAGCUCCUCAAGACCAGUCUCGAAUUAUACGUUCCCACACCAUGCAAACGCCAUCUCCGUCUUGCCUACUACCGUCGAUCCUGAGUCGGCGGACUACAAAGAGAAUGCAGCACAAAUGAACGAGCUGUUGGAGCAUAUGACACAGUUACAUGACAGGAUAGCACAAGGUGGUAAUCAAAAAGCGCGAGAAAAGCAUAUAGCUCGGGGGAAGAUGCUGCCCCGAGACCGGGUUACAUCUCUCAUUGACCCUGGAACAUCCUUCUUGGAGCUAUCACCCCUCGCUGGCUAUGAAGUAUAUCCCGGCGAAGAUGUCCCCGGUGGAGGAAUAAUUACAGGCAUCGGUACAGUUGAAGGGGUUACAUGCAUGAUUGUCGCAAACGACAGCACCGUCAAGGGCGGAACAUACUACCCCAUCACAGUCAAGAAGCAUCUUCGCGCACAAGCGAUCGCACAAGAAAACAAACUCCCCUGUAUCUACCUUGUUGAUUCAGGCGGUGCCAAUCUUCCUCAUCAAGCCGAUGUCUUCCCUGAUAAAGACCACUUCGGUCGCAUUUUCUUCAACCAAGCUCGCAUGAGCUCACUGGGGAUACCACAGAUCGCAGUGGUGAUGGGACCAUGUACCGCCGGAGGAGCCUACGUGCCCGCCAUGAGUGACGAGACCAUCAUCGUCGAGAACCAAGGGACCAUCUUCCUCGCCGGACCUCCUUUAGUCAAAGCAGCAACUGGCGAAGUCGUCUCAGCCGAGGAUCUAGGUGGUGGCCAUCUACACAGCACUAUCUCGGGAGUAACAGAUUACCUCGCCGUCGACGAUGCGCACGCUCUCAUCCUCGCCCGCCGCUCAAUCAGCAACCUGAACUAUCCCACAACCAACAUCCACUUGCCCGGUCUAUCAAAAGAUACAGAUAUCAAAGAACCCCUCUACGACUCCGAAGAGUUGAAUGGUAUCGUCGGCACAAACCUCCGCCGACGAAUCCCCGUCCACGAGGUCAUUGCGCGUAUCGUCGACGGCAGCGAAUUCGCCGAAUUCAAGCGAGACUACGGCAGUACACUCGUCACUGGCUUUGCGCGCAUAUACGGAACUCAAGUCGGCAUCGUAGCCAACAACGGAAUCUUAUUCUCCGAAUCGUCCCUCAAGGGGGCUCAUUUCAUUGAACUGUGUGCCCAACGUCGUAUCCCACUUGUCUUUUUACAGAACAUCUCGGGUUUCAUGGUCGGGGCCGACGCGGAGAAAGGCGGAAUCGCGAAGAAUGGCGCAAAGCUUGUGACGGCCGUUGCAUGUGCUGAUGUACCCAAAUUCACGGUUGUGUUUGGCUCGAGUGCCGGUGCUGGGAAUUACGGCAUGUGUGGCCGCGCCUACUCCCCGCGACUAAUGUUCAUGUGGCCCAACUCCAAAAUUGGCGUCAUGGGCUCCGAACAACUCUCCUCAGUGAUGGAAGCCGUCGGCCGCGCGGCGGACCCCGAACUCAAAUCCAGAAUUGAUCGUGAAUCAACGGCGAUUUUCUCCUCGGCGCGGUUGUGGGAUGAUGGCGUUAUACCGCCCGCGCAGACACGAAGGUAUCUUGGGAUGGGAUUGAUGGCUGCUAUGGGUGGGAAGAAUAGGGUUGAAGAGACUGAGACGAGGUUUGGUGUUUUUAGAAUGUAG